ACAAAGCAGUUCACAAAAAAGUGAUUCAUAAAAAUAAAGCUGCUCGUAAGAAAAGCCAAUUACAUAACAAUUUAAACAAAAACAAACCAAAACAUUAUUCUCUUCCUACUACUCCCCUUAAUUGUCAAAAACUACAAAAGAUAGUUCCUGAUUAUGAUUUUUCGGCAACCAUUUCUAAUGUUUCGGCAACUGCUACCAAGUCGCCAUCACUAAGAGACUACCAAUUGGCCGAUGUAAAAUUUCUCAGCCAGUUAAAAAACGUGGCCAUUUUUAGUGAAAUGCGAACCGGCAAAACUCCGACUGCCUUAAUGACUUUUCGGCAGUGGCCAGUAAAUAAGUUAUUAAUUAUUGUUCCUACCAUUACUGCUCUUACUCAGGCUCUCAAUCAAGAACCAAAAAUCACUGAUAGCGCGUUAAGCAAACGCAAUUGGACGCGCGAAAUCAAUAACUCCUCGGAUGCUAGUUUCAUUAACAACCUCCGCGAGGAACUAUUAGCAGAAAUUGAAGCCAAAAGAAAAGCCAAAGCCAAAAAUAGUGAAUUGGAUGAACUAAUAAGUCAAGCUGAACAAACCAGCAUUUAUGAAAAAUUAGAAGAAUUAAUUAAGAAAAUUAGAGCUUGUAGUCAUUUGCCUCAUUAUCAAGCUAAACAAACCCAAAUCUCAGCCUUAGAAACCAAAUUAGGUCAGUUAGAUUUAAACAAGUAUAAAAAAGGUGCGAUUGCAGAUAUUAAUAAUGAGUUAAAUAAUGGUGAUAAUUCGCUGAAAACUGACGAAUUAGACCAAGAAAAUAAAGAUUAUGAAAAGCAACUAAACCAAGCCCAAACACCCGAACAAGUUAACCAAAUUAGAGAAAAAGUCAAAAAUGAUGUCGGGGAAAAGAAAGCUGAAAAAGAAUUGAAUAAUUUAUUAGCGCAAGUUAAAAAAGUUACCACCAAUUCGGACAAAUUAGUUAUCAAACUGAAACUUCUGCAAUUUUUGAAAGAGGAAAACUGCUUUAAGCAAAAAAUUAGCCAAAAGUAUGAAAAGGCAAUAAAAGAAGCCCUGAGUCAAUUAGAAAAUCAGUCAACUACACUUGCUAAUCAAGAUAAAAAUCCCAAUAAACUAGUUUAUUGGUUAAUCGGAGUUGCUAAUCAGAGAAUUUGUCGAAAUAGUAAAAAAAAUGCUACUACUAAUUCAUCACCACAAUCACUAAUUGCUGAUACGCCUCAAUUUACUAUUAAAUCAGCCGUUAAUAGUUCGGGAAUUCAAGUUUUAACUACCGAACCUUUUACUUUUCAAGGUCGAGAAAUAAGAAUUAUUAGAAUUAAUUCUACUAACCCGGAUUUGAAAAAAGAUAGCCAAGUUAUUAUUAAAGGUGUGAACUUAGCCACUGACAAAGCCAAAAUAAAUGGUAAGUUCCUUUCUAUCAAUACUCAUUAUUCGGAUAUUGAAAUUGUGGUGGCUGGAAAUAACAACAGUGAUAGUAGCAAUAACAACAGCAGUUCUGCCAACCCAACUGCCGCUAUUUUUCAAAAUGCUUUGGAUAAUAAUGACCGUCAAUUACUUGACUUAAUCAAUGAAUAUGAAGUGGCAGAAGUUAUUAAUAAUUCUUAUGAUUUGAAAAAGAAACCAAAUCAAUCUAAUUCUUCAGGCAAUCCCAACAAUAGCAAUUUUAACCACAACGACUCUUCUAAUCAAAAUAACAAUAACCUUCCAACUAUUCGCAAUGAAGCCAUUACUGCUCUUACUCAGGCUCUCAAUCAAGAACCAAAAAUCACUGAUAGCGAGUUAAGCAAACCCAAUUGGACAGGCGAAAUCAAUAACUCCUCGGAUGCUAGUUUCAUUAACAACCUCCGCGAGGAACUAUUAGCAGAAAUUGAAGCCAAAAGAAAAGCCAAAGCCAAAAAUAGUGAAUUGGAUGAACUAAUAAGUCAAGCUGAACAAACCAGCAUUUAUGAAAAAUUAGAAGAAUUAAUUAAGAAAAUUAGAGCUUGUAGUCAUUUGCCUCAUUAUCAAGCUAAACAAACCCAAAUCUCAGCCUUAGAAACCAAAUUAGGUCAGUUAGAUUUAAACAAGUAUAAAAAAGGUGCGAUUGCAGAUAUUAAUAAUGAGUUAAAUAAUGGUGAUAAUUCGCUGAAAACUGACGAAUUAGACCAAGAAAAUAAAGAUUAUGAAAAGCAACUAAACCAAGCCCAAACACCCGAACAAGUUAACCAAAUUAGAGAAAAAGUCAAAAAUGAUGUCGGGGAAAAGAAAGCUGAAAAAGAAUUGAAUAAUUUAUUAGCGCAAGUUAAAAAAGUUACCACCAAUUCGGACAAAUUAGUUAUCAAACUGAAACUUCUGCAAUUUUUGAAAGAGGAAAACUGCUUUAAGCAAAAAAUUAGCCAAAAGUAUGAAAAGGCAAUAAAAGAAGCCCUGAGUCAAUUAGAAAAUCAGUCAACUACACUUGCUAAUCAAGAUAAAAAUCCCAAUAAACUAGUUUAUUGGUUAAUCGGAGGUGGAAUAUUUAUUAGCCAAAAAAUAAACGCUCCAACUUAG